AUGGGGAUAUCGGGAUCAAAGCGAGUCAAAACGACACUAUCCAACUCGCGCGAGUUCGACUCGGCUUGUGACUCAGCAUACGAGGAGUCUCUCUCUCUCGCACAGCAUGCUUUCGCCGGAGUUCUUCCGUACCAACUCCUCCCCGCCGCCACCCACAUCCACCGGAAUCUCUCCUCUCUCCGGUUUCCUCUAGUCGUCAGGUGGGUCCCUUCUCCUCCGAGUCAAUCCCAAGUCGACUCAGCUCUCCGAGUCACGGUAAAGGAGGAGGAGGAGGAUGUGCUCGGGCCGGAGGAGUUCAAGGAAUGGGCCGUCGAGGUGUUCAAGGAAACCGCUGUGGGAAACGCGAGGAAGGCGGUGGCGAGUAGGAUUCCAUUAGGAAUCGCCGGGAUCGCUGGGAUCGGCGCGGUAACUCGGUCGGGUCAAAACCUUAUCGGAGCGGCGAUCGGUGUGUACGCGAUUGGAGUUGCUGCUUCUGUUUUUCUUAGCCUCUCUAACUGA